AGGUGGCCGUGCUUCUCGUCGGACUACGGAGGCCGGGUUGCCAGCUUACGGUCUUAGGAAAAGAAGAAUUUCUAGACUCUUCAUCAAGAUAUCUUCAUUUUAUACAGCUGUUAAACCCAAGGCUACUGUGGUAAAAGAAUGAAUACAAAUUCAUCUGCUGUAUUAUCAUCCAGUCUACUUGCAAAGGAUCCUGCCUUUCAGAUGAUUACAGUUACCAAGGAAACAGGCCUUGGUCUGAAGAUCCUCGGCGGAAUUAACCGGAAUGAAGGCCCAUUGGUAUAUGUUCAGGAAAUCAUUCCUGGAGGAGACUGUUAUAAGGAUGGUCGUUUAAAGCCAGGAGAUCAACUUGUGUCAGUGAACAAGGAAUCCAUGAUUGGUGUUUCAUUUGAAGAAGCAAAAAGCAUAAUUACCAGAGCCAAGUUGAGGUCAGAAUCGGCUUGGGAGAUAGGAUUCAUAAGACAAAAAUGUGAUGGCAGUCAUCCAGAAAACCUAUCGUGUACAUCUCUUGUAGAAGCUUCAGAAUAUGGACCUCAAGCCUCAACACUUAGUCUUGUUUCUUCUCCCUCUGAAAUACUAAUUCCAAAGACUUCAUCCACUCCCAAAACUAACAAUGCCAUUUUACCUUCUUUUGAGAUAAGUCAGAUAAAAACUGGAUACAACAAAACAGGACAGAUUCCAAUUACUUCUUCAGUAAACAGUUCUACAGACAUCUCUAAUACAGAUAUUACUCCUGCCUGGACUGAUAAUUAUGGGCUACAAGGAAAGAAGAUUUCCCUAAAUCCCUCUGUUCGCCUUAAGGCAGAAAAACUGGAAAUGGCUCUAAACUAUCUUGGUAUUCAGCCCACUAAGGAACAACACCAAGCUCUGAGACAGCAAGUACAAGCAGAUUCAAAGGGGACAGUGUCUUUUGGAGAUUUUGUUCAGGUUGCCAAAAACUUGUUUUGCUUGCAGCUGGAUGAAGCAAAUGUCGGUGCCCAUGAAAUUUCCAACAUACUAGAUUCACAGCCUCUUCCCUGUGAUUCUUUAGAAGCAGAUGAAAUAGAAAGACUUAAGCAUGAAAGAAAUGAUGCCUUGAAAGAAGUGAAUAUACUUAAGGAAAAAUUAUUUGAAUCAGAGAAACGAAGAAAACAAUUGACAGAAGAGCUUCAGAGUGUAAAACAAGAAGCUAAAGCUGUAGUUGAAGAAACAAGAGCCCUACGAAGUCGAAUUCAUCUUGCUGAAGCUGCACAGAGGCAGGCUCACGGAAUGGAAAUGGACUAUGAAGAAGUGAUCCGUCUGUUAGAGGCCGAGAUUACAGAGCUAAAGGCUCAGCUUGCUGAUUAUUCUGACCAAAAUAAAGAGAGUGUUCAGGAUUUGAGAAAAAGAAUCACAGUACUUGACUGCCAAUUGCGAAAAUCAGAAAUGUCUCGAAAAACUUUUGAGGCAUCCACUGAAAAGCUUCUUCAUUUUGUAGAGGCAAUUCAAGAUGUAUUUCCUGAUAAUUCUACUCUUUUAUCAAAUCUAAGUGACAGAAGAGCUGCAUUAGCUUCUCAGACUUCCCUCACACCACUGGGAAGGAAUGGACGUAACAUCCCAGCAAACAUUCCAGCAACACUGGCACUUGAAUCUAAGGAACUUGUUAAAUCUGUCCGUGCCAUGCUUGAUGUGGAUUGUUUACCUUAUGGGUGGGAGGAAGCUUACACAGCAGAUGGAAUCAAGUACUUCAUCAACCACGUCACACAAACCACAUCCUGGACCCAUCCUGUGAUGAGUGUCCUGAAUCUGUCUUGCUCAGAAGAAAAUGAAGAGGAUUGCUCUAGAGAACAUCCCGACCAGAAAAGCUGAUAGUUUUCUGUAGAAGUGGAGCUUUGUGGUCUUCUGGCAUCUCCGUCCCCACAGAUGACUUGAGCAGAGACGUGUAACAGCCAACUCUGAGCUGCAACGAUGUGAAACAGGGGUAAAGCAUGCACUACUUCUUCAAGUGUAAAGUAGAGACUCUGUACUUAGGGUAUUUUUGUAAAACUUUUUGAUAUUACUGUAUACAUUUAAAAGACCAAUUGCCACUGCAGUAGUUCUUAAGAAUAAUCUAGCCACAUUUUUUGAAAUCACAUAUAAUUAGAUUUUAUAAUAUUAUACAUUUUCCAUAUAUAAUUAGAUCUUUGUAAUCUUAUAUGAAGUUCUUCGUAGCAUAUUAGAGAUGAUGGUUUUUAUAAUUAAGACAUGUUGAAAUUAUAUGAACAUAGUGAAAUGCUUCAUUUAUUUGAUCAUU